AUGACUAAUGCAGCAGAGAUUCCACCAGGUCUGAAGGAGCUGCUGCAAGCCUUCACUGUGGACGUCCUGCGCCACAAACCGGACAAUCUGGUGGAGUUCGCUGUGCAACAUUUCAGCAGCAUUUUGGAGACGAAAAACAACCAACAACCCAAGAAACUCAGCUUCAGGUCAGCCAAGAAAGGCGUGACUUUUGAGCCCAAAUCGGACCAAGCUAAAGAGGAAGAAGAGGAGGAGGAGGAGGAGGAAAGCACAGACAAGUGCACAACCGGAAAAUACAACCGCAGAGUGUCAGUUUGCGCGGAGGCGUAUAACCCUGAUGAUGACGAGGAGGACGACUCAGAGCCUCGUGUGGUUCAUCCCAAAACAGACGUGCAGAGACGCAGGCUGCAGGAGGCGUGUCGGGACAUCCUCCUGUUCAAGACCCUGGAGCAGGAGCAGUUUUCUGAGGUAUUGGACGCCAUGUUUGAGGUCCAGGUCAAACCAGACGAGCACAUCAUAGACCAGGGAGAUGACGGAGACAACUUUUAUGUGAUAGAGCAGGGCAUCUAUGACAUAUUUGUGAAAAAUGGAGGUAAAGAUUUGUGCGUGGGAAAGUAUAACAACAAGGGCAGUUUUGGAGAGCUGGCUCUGAUGUACAACACCCCCCGAGCUGCGACUAUCGUGGCCACACAGGAGGGGGCGCUGUGGGCUCUGGAUAGAGCCACAUUUCACAGGCUCAUUGUGAAGAACAACGCUAAAAAAAGGAAAAUGUACGAAGCUUUUAUCGAAUGCGUUCCACUCCUCAAGUCUCUGGAGAUUUCUGAAAGAAUGAAGAUCGUGGAUGUUCUGGGGAUCCGUGUUUUCAAAGAUGGACACUGCAUCAUCAAAGAGGGGGACAAAGCCGACUGCUUUUACAUUGUUGAAUCAGGAGAAGUGAAGAUUAUGAUUAAGAGCCUUAAAAAGACAGACCAAGUGGAGAACUCUGAAGUGGAAGUGGCUCGUUGCACUCGGGGGCAGUAUUUUGGAGAACUUGCCCUCGUCACAAACAAACCCAGGGCUGCCUCUGUGUACGCUGCUGGGGAGACAAAGUGUUUGGUCAUUGACAUCCAGGCGUUCGAGCGCCUGCUGGGCCCCUGUAUGGACAUCAUGAAGAGGAAUAUUUCCCAGUACGAGGAUCAGAGAAUGGCCCUGUUUGGAUGUGCCGUAGACUUAAGAAAUUAA